AUGUAUGGGAAUGAAGGGAUGGAAAGGCUUAUACCUCUUGUUAAUAAGCUUCAGGAUGCUUUCGCAUCCCUUAACCUUCCUUUGAACCUUGAUUUACCUCAGAUUGCAGUUGUGGGAAGCCAAAGUGCUGGUAAAAGCUCAGUGCUGGAAAACUUCGUGGGGCGUGAUUUCCUACCGAGAGGCAGUGGUAUAGUCACAAGGAGACCGCUCAUUCUGCAACUGGUCCAUGAUAAGUCAGUUGAAUAUGGGGAAUUUAUUCACUGUAAAAAUAAAAAGUUCACGGAUUUUGAUGACAUCCGACGGGAAAUCGAACAGGAAACUGACAGAAUCACUGGCUCUAAUAAGGGUAUCUCAAACAUUCCAAUCAACCUCAGGAUCCAUUCCCCCAGCGUCCUCAAUCUUACCCUUAUUGACCUUCCCGGAAUGACCAAGGUUCCUGUUGGCGAUCAGCCACCGGAUAUCGAAACUCAAAUCCGCAACAUGAUCAUUGAAUUUAUCGAGAGAGAUUCCUGUCUUAUUUUGGCUGUUAGCCCUGCUAAUUCAGACCUCGCUAAUUCCGAUGCCUUGAAACUUGCUAAGGAAUAUGACCCACAGGGUCUGCGUACUAUCGGGGUAAUAACAAAGUUAGAUUUGAUGGAUGAGGGAACAGAUGCACAGGAAAUUCUCGAAAAUAGAUUGCUCCCAUUACGAAGAGGUUAUAUAGGUGUAGUCAACAGAAGCCAGCGAGAUAUAGAUGGGCGCAAAAAUAUCACUGCUGCCUUGGAAGCCGAACGUAGAUUUUUCCUUUCACAUCCCAGUUAUCGUCAUAUGGCUGAUCGUAUGGGAACUCCUUAUCUCCAACGUAUACUUAAUCAACAACUAACGAAUCAUAUCCGCGAUACUCUGCCACAUCUACGUAGUCGGUUACAAGCCCAACUAAUUAGUUUGGAAAAAGAAGUUUCUGACUUUCGUAAUUAUCGUCCAGACGACCCAGCUUAUAAAACAAAAGCAUUGCUACAGAUGGUUCAGUCAUUUGAAGCAGAAUUUUCUCAAAAUAUUAGUGGACAUGUAGCUGACGUCAAUACACAAAUAUUGUCUGGAGGUGCUGAGAUUAAUCGCGUGUUUCAUGAACGUUUUAGAUAUGAUUUACUCAAGAUUGAAUUUGAUGAAAAAACUCUACGUAAAGAAAUCGCUGUUGCUAUUCAAAAUAUUCAUGGUGUCAGGCCUGGAUUGUUUACACCGGAUAUGGCAUUUGAUGCUACAGUACGAAAACAGAUUGAAAAACUUCGAAUUCCAUCAUUAAAAUGCGUUGACAUGGUUGUAUCUAAAUUGACCGAUGUUUUGCAACAAUGUAGUGAUAAGGUAGGACGAUUUCCACGGCUUCGUGAAGAAAUUGAACGUGUUGUCAAUAUGCGGGUUCGUGAAUUAGAAAUAGCUACUAAAGAACAAAUUCAAACAUUAAUUGAUUUUCAAUUAGCUUAUAUGAAUACAAAUCAUGAAGAUUUUAUCGGUUUCCAAAAUGCUGAGCAACGAGCAAAUGAUAGUUCCAAAAGUAAACUUGGCAAUCAAGUAAUCUGUAAAGGGUGGCUUAAUUUGAUCAAUCCAAGUCUAUUGCGUGGUGGUAGUCGUUAUUGUUGGUUCGUAUUAACUACAGAUACAUUGACUUGGUACAAAGAUGAUGAAGAACGUGAGAGACGAUUUGUUCUUCCUUUAGAUGGAUUAAAACAACGUAGCGGUGAUACAGGAUUCUUUUCAAAACGACCAACGUUUGUCCUUCAUCAUCCAGAUCCUAAAGUUAAUUUGUACAAAGAUCACAAAACUUUAGAUUUAUCUGCAGAUACAGAAGAAGCGGUUGAAGCUUGGAAAGCUGCUUUAGUUCGGGCUGGAGUGUUUCAUGAUCCAUCUGGAAAACCAGACGAACAGACUGAUGAUGGUGAUACGAAUAAAAUACCGACUGAUCCUAAACUUGAAAGACAAGUAGAAAUUAUACGUAAUUUAGUUGAUUCCUACAUGAAAAUCGUUACUAAAACACAACGUGAUAUGGUUCCGAAAAUAAUUAUGCAUCAAUUAAUUAAUGAGAUCAAGAUUUUUCUAAAAGGCGAUCUCUUGCCCAAAUUGUAUUCACAAGACCCUAACAAUCUUAUGGAAGAGUCAUCAGCUGAGAAAAAGCAUCGUGAAGAAAUUAUACGUAUGUAUGAUUCAAUACGUGAGGCAUUAUCAGUUAUAUCAGAUGUCAUAGCUAAUACGCAUAGUGUCCCAUUACCUCCACCUGUCAGUGAUGACUGGAUUGAGACGGAGUUAUCUACUGGAUCAAAUAAUAUUCGUCGACCACUUCCUUCUAGUAAUGCAUCUCAUUCCGGUCAUCACAGUACUAGUACAACACAAAGACCUUUAAGUCCUAAUAAUAUCACAUCAAAUUCUAAUCGUCCCAUACCUUCAAGACCAGCACCAAAUUUACCUAUACGGCAUACUUUGAAUCCCCCAACAAUUGUAACUACAGCCCCUGGUCAACUUCCAGCUCCACUUCUUCCUCAACGAAUGCCACAAUUCAAUAAUGGUCUUUCUCAAAGUGCAAGUACUGGUAACCUUCCAGGUACUAUAUCUUCCGGUGGUAUUGGUGGAAAUACAUUUAUGACUACUAACCCAUCGAAUGGCUCAACACCAAAUACCACUUAUUCUACUACUAAUGCACCGUGGGUUUCAUUUGAUCCUCUUUUUAAUCAGUCCCAAUCAAGUGCAAUAGCACCACCGAUUCCACCACCGAAAUUAACAUCGUUAUCUGGUAAUCUUGGACAUCCAAGUAUACCGGAACGUCCAGGUAAUGUUGGUAUGCCGCGCAUUCCUCCUCGACCAACUUCAUGA